AUGCAGGCCCUCUACCCCGCCUACAUCGAUCGCUACUACACCAGCGCCCCGCCGGCACCCCCGCCCCGGCAGCCCGCCGCCGCCGCGCCUGGCACAGCCCCGGAUAACAACUGGUCCUGGGCGGGGCUGGAGGCGGCGUGCGCGCAGAACGCGCUGUUCGAGCGCUUCGUGUCGCCCUCGUUCCACGUGCGGGCGUUUGCACCCACCGCGAUCCUCUUCAAUGUCGACAGCGGAACAGAGGGCCGGGUGGCGAUGCUGGAUGUCAUUGAUCACGGCACUGCAAUUUGGGGCGCGUGGCUGGCAGCCGAUCGCGCCGCAAGCAUCGAGGCGCUCUCACAUGUCGAGCAGCCCGUCGCAGCCACGGCUGGUGCCGGCGGGCAUGGCGCUGCAGCCACCAGUGCAGACCAUGCGGCGAGGGCUGCGGGCGCCGCGGCGUCUGCGGCGCUGGGCGGGUGGCUGCUGGAGGGGGCGCCGGCCGAGGCUGGCGGCCUUGGGGUGGCGCUGCUGGCGGAGUCGCCGGCGCUCGACGCCGCGUGGCGGCGCUUCCCGCGGCGCGAGCCGGCGGCGGCGGCGCUGGGGGCGGCGUUUGGGCAGGAGGUGAUGGAAGCGUGGUGGGCGUCGGUGGACGGAAGUGCCCGUGUGGCUGAUGUUGGUGCCUAG